UGACAUUGUCAUGUUUUCAAAGCGGAGACUUUUGAUGAAAAGAAAAAAACAUAUUUAUGUACAAAAAAUACAAAAAACUUUGUAUUCAAAUUGUUAAGUACGACGAAAGUUUAUUACUGUAGUAAUAUAAAGUGUUUUAGUAUAACAUUGUGUCGAUUAAAUAGUCAGGUUAGUAUUUUGGAAAGAAACAAGUAAAUAAUUUGGAGUACCUGACACUGUGCAAUUGUAAUAUGAAUAGUGUAGCAGAAAUUGAACAAGAAAUAAAAAGUGUUGAAAAAGAGCUUAAUAAGGUCGGUAGCGAGAUAGCAAAAUGGAAAAACCGGCAACGCGAGUUGCAAGAAAAGAAAACGUUAUUGAGAAAAACAAUAGAUAAGAUUAAAUCUGAAUCAUUAGCAAAAGUGGAUUGGGCUGGAACUACUUACGAAUGGUCAGAAGACGUUAACAGGGUUCUCCGCCAUACUUUUAAACUAAAUUCAUUUCGACCUAAACAGUUGAGUGCUAUUAACUCAACAAUAGCAGGACAACAUGCCUUAGUUGUGAUGCCGACAGGUGCUGGCAAAAGUUUGUGCUAUCAAUUACCAGCUCUGAUAAAACCUGGCAUAACAAUUGUCAUUUCACCCCUCAUUUCUUUAAUGGAAGAUCAAGUAAGGUUAUUGACUAUCAGAAACAUUCCCGCAAAACUUAUAACAAGCACAACUUCAAGAGAUGAAACAACAGCAGUUUUAAAUUUACUUAAAGACAAAAAUACACCCAUAAAAUUACUAUAUGUUACACCUGAAAGACUUGCAAAGAGUAAGAUGUUCAUGGCUAAUUUGCAAAAGUGUUACGCAGAUGGUAGGCUGCAAAGAAUAGCCAUAGAUGAGGUUCACUGCUGUUCACAAUGGGGACAUGAUUUUCGGCCAGAUUAUAAAUUUUUAGGAAUAUUAUCUGGUAUGUUUCCUAAUGUACCCAUUCUAGGUUUGACUGCAACAGCAACUGCACAUGUAUUAAAUGAUGUACAAAAAAUACUAAACAUACAAGGAUGUUUAGUUAUUAAAUCCACCUUUAACAGACCUAAUUUAUUUUACAAAAUAUUAGAAAAACCAACCUCUCAAGAGGAAUGUGUUACAAUUCUAGAGAAACUCUUGAAGUUUAGAUAUAAAGGUGAGAGUGGUAUUAUUUAUACAAAUAGUAUAAAGGAAUGUCAGGAUUUGGCGGAAGAAUUACGAAAAAGAGGGUUAAAAGUAGGUUGUUAUCAUGCUCAAAUGGAAGCAUGUAGUAGAAGCAAAGUUCACAGUAAAUGGCAUGACAAAUACUAUCAAGCAAUUGUGGCAACUGUUGCUUUUGGAAUGGGUAUUGACAAACCUGAUGUUAGGUUUAUAAUACAUCAUACAAUAAGUAAAUCCAUGGAGAACUAUUACCAAGAAAGUGGCAGAGCUGGUAGAGAUGGUAAGCGGGCAGAAUGUGUGACAUUAUUUAGAAUGCAGGACAUUUUUAAAGUGAGUCCGAUGGUAUUCUCAUCUGCUGGCAAUUUGGACAAAUUGUAUGGUAUGAUCAAGUACUGUCUUAAUGGGAAAUACUGCAGGAGACAGCUUAUUGCGGAGCAUUUUGAAGAAGAUUGGGGAUUAGCAGAUUGUAAUAAAAUGUGUGAUGUUUGCACUAAUCCUUGUUCUGUUUUAAAAGAAAUAAGUCUUGAAAAUCACUGUCAGGCUAUAUCAUGUGUAUUUGAUAAAGCUGAGAGCACUGACACAAAACUAACAGCACAAAAGUUGCUGAGUGCUUGGUUCUUGACGGGUCCAGUUAAUCUAAGACAUAAAUGUGUAGAACCUAAAUUCUCACGUAAUUUAGGUGAAGAUGUAAUUGCAUUUUUAUUAAUUAACGGAUAUAUUGUGGAAGAUUUUCAUUUCACACCUUACUCAACAAUAUCUUAUUUAAAAAAAGGUCCAAACAUGGAGUCUGUGACUGAUGUUGAUUUUUCAUUGAAAAUGACAGUCAGAAAGUAUUCAAAUUUUGAUUUGGAUAGACCAGCUCCGAGAGAUUUAGAAUCAAAAGAAUCUAGUAAUGAUGAGGUGAGACAAGAGAGCCCAGAAAAAAGCAAAAAGGUAUCUCCAAUUGCAGAACCAAAAGCCAAAAAAUCAAAAAGACUUAUCAUUGAUAGUGAUGAAGAUUAACAUUUUGUAUGCCACAAAUUUUUUGUUUUGCUCUGUCUGUUACUAAGAUGGAUUCAAUGUAUCUACUACAAUAAUCAGUGAAAAACUUAUAUCACUUUAUUAUGUAAUGUACAUAAACCUAAUGUAAGUUAUAUGUAAAUAAAAACAAUGAUAUACAAAUUAACAAAAUACAU